AACUAGCGUCCUGCGUAAAUACAGCGCACUGUUAAUCAGAUUGAAUUCUCCAUUUGGCCUUGAGGACGAUUGAAGCUCUUUAAAUUAUGAGCAAAAAAUAAUCUUAAUAAUACAAAACAAUAAUAAUUAACCAUGAGCGCGUCCAACUCCUGCCAUAAAGCUGAGAUCAUCACUGCAGUGUCUGUGACAUUUGGAGCUGCAGCAGUGGGGAUCCUCAUCUACAAAACAUUUUUUAGCAAAAGCAAAUGCGUGAAGCCAAAGGUCAACCUUGAUCUGCAGAAAGACAACCCCAAAGUGGUACAUGCGUUUGACAUCGAGGACCUGGACGACAAAGCUGUGUACUGUAGGUGCUGGCGAUCCAAAAAGUUUCCAUACUGUGAUGGCGCACAUGCUAAACACAAUCAGGAAACAGGAGACAACGUUGGUCCUCUGAUCAUCAAACGCAAGGAGGCAUGAGCAUUUCUUCUGUUCAUGACCGUCCAUUCUCAGUGAUAGAGAUCAGUGUUCUUCGCUUUACAUGUGUGGUCAGGCCUGAUGGGAUUAAAUGUGUGAAUGUGUUAUCCUGUGUAUGUGUGCUUGAUAGGUUUCAGUGAUCUGCUCUCAGAGCAGUACUAUAUAUAUCUGGGUGGUUUUUAAGCAAUACAUAUCAGUUUUCUCUUUUUAUCUGCUUAGAUUUAUGGGACAUGUUCUGGUUUAACCAAACUCUUCUAAAUAUGUUUCUGUGCUUAAACACUGGUUAUAAUAUUGUAGAUACACUAGAGACAAAAACUUGAAUUAAAAAAAAAAACAACAACACAUGACUUUGAACAAAAUCUUGUUCGUUUUAGGAGAUAAAUAUGAAUGUGAAAGGAGUAUGAAAACCAAAUGGCAAUCUUCUCAUGUUUUCUUUCUGUGUGUUGCUUAUUAAAUUUCACAUAUGGCCUUAACUGAUUACUGACAUUUAAAUGUAUUUAAAAUGACAUUCUCCUAUAUUUUGAAUCCUAGCCACAGAUUCUGACAGGUAACGUACUGUUUUAUGUCGUUUAAAAUCUAAUUUGGAGUAUUUUGCCUCUUGUCAUUCAGAAAGAUGUACUUGUGCAAAUGCUAGAUCAGUUUCUGUAGCAGAACAAAAUGUUGCAUGGAGAAAAUCAUGUUUUGAUUGCUUGUCUUUUCUGUGAAAUUAUUGUAUUUUCUCUCUCGGAAAAGUACACUGUACAAGUUUGAUGUUAAAUAAACAGUUUCAAACAG